UAAACAAAUGCGCCUUUAUUCGGGAUCACUUCAGCAAACUAAAUCGCAGAAUGUUGUUUUUGUGAAAUAGAAAAAUACGCUUUUUGCUGUUUAAUUUCAUGUGUACGGUAGGAUUUUAGACACUCUGUAGCGUUUGGUAAGUUCUUAAAGUGAAGCUAAGCCACCAGCGCAAUGGAAAACUUCACCGCGGUGGACAAGCUAGAGCCAGACCAGCCAAAAGGUGGCCGAUCGGGUGGGCUUGUGGUCCGCAGAGACAAGGGCGAAGAUGAUAUCGUUUUCAAGCAACCGCAAGUAUCCUUGCUGGGGCUGGACAAGCUUGCCGCUGCCAGACGUGCACAGCAGAAAAAGGCCAGCAAACUGUCCUUCUACGGCCACGAAGCAGACGAUGGCGAUGAUGGGGACGACAGGGCAUCGGAGAGCAGAAGAAAGGAUCAUCAUCAUUCCUCGUCGCGAAAGCAUCGUGAUUCGGAGGAUAGACGCGAUCGGGAAAGUAGUGAGCACCGUAAAAGAAGCAAACGCGAGGAGGAAGAUUAUCAUCGUUCGCGAAAGUAUCGAGAACGGGCGGUCGAGACGCCUUCCUACAGCGGUGGUGUAAGUGACGUUGCUCGACAGAAGCUUUCCAGCAAGGAGAAGGCUGAAUAUGACGCGUACCGGAGGAAGGGUAGUCUGUACGCCACUUCGAAGGGUGAGGAUCGAAGGCGUGAGAAGUAUCGUCCAUCGAGUGUACGGUCCGGGUCGGAAUCGAGGAGAAGCACAUUCUCGAGGUACGAACCGAGCACACCAAGGAGUAGACACCGCUCGAAGCAACCGUCCAGCUCCAAUUGGACGGACGAUGAAGAUGAUGAAGCAGCACCAUCAGGGCAACGGUCCUCGUGGGACUUUCCCACACCGAAACCCUUCGCCGGUGCGGAAUUCUCCGAGGCGGACCGUGAGCAAUGGAAGGAAGAACAGCUCCGGCUCGACCGUGAAUGGUACGGUAGCGAUGACGAACGGCAGAUGAACGAAUUUUCCGAGCUCAACUCGCAGUACCUGCAGCAGCGCGAGCAACAGCAACAAUCGCGAAACAAUCGGCGCAUUUCCGCCCAACAGCGCCAAAUUAACAAAGACAACGAACUGUGGGAAAAGAACCGGCUGCUCACGUCCGGAGUGGUAAUGUCGGUGAACGUGAACGAAGACUUUGACGAGGAAGCUUUGGAACGGGUGCACCUGCUUGUACAUCAUACCGUGCCACCGUUUUUGGAUGGAAGAAUUGUGUUCACGAAGCAACCGGAACCGGUCGUUCCGGUCCGGGAGCCGACGAGUGAUAUGGCUAUAAAUGCACGCAAAGGAAGCGCGCUGGUGCGUACGUACCGUGAGCUAAAGGAACGCAAGCGAGCGCAGGCAAAACACUGGCAGCUGGGCGGUACCAAGCUGGGUAAUAUUAUGGGAGUAGCGAAGGACAAGGAUGAGCAGGAUCCGGCCGAAGGUGAUGAUGAAUCGUACGACUCGAGGAAGGAUCAAAAGUACGCCGACCAUAUCGGUGGUGAGAAGGGUGAAUUUGCACCGCGCCGCAAGACUAUUCAGCAGCAGCGUCGAUCACUUCCCGUGUUUGCUGUGAGACAGGAUCUGUUGAACAUUAUUCGGGAGAAUUCGAUCAUCAUCAUUGUGGGAGAAACGGGCAGCGGUAAGACGACCCAGUUGACGCAAUACCUUCACGAGGACGGAUACAGUCGGAACGGCAUGAUCGGAUGCACCCAGCCGCGUCGUGUAGCGGCCAUGUCGGUAGCGAAACGUGUUUCGGACGAGAUGGAUUGCUCGCUUGGGCAGGAGGUGGGUUAUGCGAUUCGGUUCGAAGACUGCACAUCGGAGAAAACGGUCAUCAAGUACAUGACGGAUGGUAUUUUGCUGCGUGAAAGUUUGCGCGACAAGGAACUGGACGGGUAUAGCGUGAUAAUCAUGGAUGAAGCUCACGAACGUUCCCUUUCGACGGACGUGCUGUUCGGGUUGCUGCGCGAGAUCGUUGCUAAGCGACGCGACCUGAAGCUGAUCGUCACAUCCGCCACUAUGGAUGCGGGCAAGUUUUCCAACUUUUUCGGUAACGUACCGACGUUCACCAUCCCCGGUCGAACGUUUCCGGUGGAUGUGUUUUACGGGAAGAACGUGUGUGAGGAUUAUGUGGACGGAGCGGUAAAGCAGGUGCUGCAGAUUCAUCUGCAACCCACCGAAGGUGACAUACUGGUGUUUAUGCCCGGUCAGGAAGACAUCGAGGUGACGUGUGAGGUGCUGGCAGAACGAUUGGGCGAGAUCGAUAAUGCGCCUGCCCUGUCCAUACUGCCGAUCUACUCGCAGCUUCCGUCCGAUCUGCAGGCGAAAAUCUUCCACCGUUCAUCGGACGGAACGCGCAAGUGUGUGGUGGCAACGAACAUUGCUGAAACAUCGCUUACCGUCGAUGGAAUUUCGUACGUAAUCGAUUCCGGUUACUGUAAGCUGAAAGUGUACAACCCUCGCAUCGGUAUGGAUGCGCUGCAGAUCUAUCCCAUUUCGCAAGCGAACGCUAACCAACGAUCCGGACGUGCUGGUCGUACUGGGCCCGGGCAAGCAUUCCGUUUGUACACCGAGCGCCAGUACAAGGACGAACUGUUGCACCUGACCGUACCGGAAAUUCAGCGUACAAACCUGGCCAAUACGGUGCUGCUGCUCAAGUCGCUCGGUGUGAGCGAUUUGCUCCAGUUCCACUUUAUGGAUCCACCGCCCCAGGAUAAUAUCCUUAAUUCGCUUUAUCAGCUGUGGAUUUUGGGCGCGCUCGAUCAUACGGGAGCGCUAACGCCGUUAGGUCGUCAGAUGGCGGAAUUUCCGCUCGAUCCACCACAGUGCCAGAUGCUGAUUGUCGCUAACGAGAUGGGCUGCAGCGAGGAGAUUUUAAUCAUUGUGUCGAUGCUAUCCGUACCAUCGAUUUUCUACCGGCCCAAGGGACGUGAGGAGGAAGCGGACAGCGUUAGAGAAAAGUUCCAAGUGCCCGAAUCGGACCAUCUAACGUACCUGAACGUAUACCAGCAGUGGAAAAUGAACAAAUAUUCUGGCUCCUGGUGCAACGAGCACUUCAUCCACGUGAAGGCAAUGCGCAAGGUGCGCGAAGUGCGUCAACAGCUCAAAGACAUCUACAGUCAACAGCAGCGCCUCACACUCAAAUCCUGCGGCACCGACUGGGAUGUGGUGCGCAAGUGUAUCUGUUCCGCGUACUUCUACCAAGCGGCACGCCUCAAAGGCAUUGGUGAGUAUGUAAAUCUACGUACCGGUAUGCCCUGCCAUCUGCAUCCUACGUCGGCCCUGUACGGACUCGGCACCACACCGGACUACGUCGUGUACCAUGAGCUGAUCAUGACGGCCAAAGAGUAUAUGCAGUGUGCGACGGCCGUCGACGGUUACUGGUUGGCCGAACUCGGCCCGAUGUUUUUCUCGGUCAAGGAAACGGGCAAAAGCGGUCGGGACAAGCGACGGCAAGCGGUUGAGCAUCAGAACGCGAUGGAGGUGCAGAUGCGAGAAGCGCAGCAGCAGAUGGAGCAACGCAAGCAGGACGAGGAAAAGCACAAGUUUACCAUCAAGCAGGAGAUUGUAACACCGGGUGCAACGCCGCGUCGAACCCCGGCCAGAAUAGGAUUAUAGGUUCGAAUAAGGAUUGUGCUUGUGAAACUAGAAUUGAAAAAGUUUGUGUUGCGCUUGAUCAUUUUAGAGCAUCAAAACAAAUUCAACUUAAAAUGUAGUUGAA